AUGAUUAAAUAUUCAUUGUAUAAUGAAAGUCAUUAUGAAGCUAAGUUGAAAGUCACAGAAAUUCGAAAUAAGUAUGUCUUCGAAUAUCCGUGUGAAAACAACAAUGAUUGUACAGACUACGUAAUCACAUUUUCACCAGGUGUAUACAAAUUUGAGUUGUAUGGUGCAUCUGGUGGAAGUUCAACUGGUCAUGUAUCAUCAUAUCGAUAUCCUAAUGGUUCAUGUAUUGAAGACAAAAUUGUUGAAUCUGUUAAGGGUAAUACUAAAUGUCUUCGACAGUCUAGUCUUGGUGGUGCAGGCGCAUACAUCAGUGGCACAAUAUAUUUAUCUAAUGAAACUAUCUCAUAUGCUACUAUUGGAGGUCGAGGAAUUUUUGAUUAUAAAAUUCAGGAAGAAGCCACUAAACAAUGCUAUGCAAAAGAAAACAUGAUUGAAGGAGGUUAUGGAGGUGGAGGGUAUGCUGCAAAUUGGUAUCGUAGAUCUAAUUUCUUUGGAUCAGGUUCAGGAGGUGGUCAAGCCGCUGUCAAAUUUGUCAAAAAUGAUCUUUGGCAUCGAGUCAUUGUAAGUGGUGCUGGAGGUGGUGCUGAUAGCAAAAAUGGAUCACUUCUUGGAGGCGAUGAUGGUACAUGA